AUGGCCACAACCGGAAGCGACGCUAUCGAGCAGAUGCUCACGCUUGCCGAAUCACCACUCCGACGCUGGCACGAAGAAGUGCAAUCGAUUGCCCGGACGGUUGCCGACAAUUACGAUAGCGAGGAUUUGCGCAAAAAUUUCAUCAGCCUGACUCUGCAGCUCGCGGUCGAGCAGCCUCUCAAGACGCCGUUCUUGGCCGCCGUCAUCAUAAUCUUGAAUACGUUGAAGCCCGAGGCUGUGGACGAUAUUCUCGGACAGGUGGCAGCUGCGCUAGAGGAAAAGGUGAAUGUGGGCGAUUGGAGGGAUGUCAAGCUGUACUUGAAGCUGUUGGCGUGUCUCCAAAGCGUCCUCACCGGCGAUGGCGUUUUCCCGAUCCUCGAGGAGCUGUUUAACCGGGCUGUGGAUCUCCAGACUGCGAGUUCCGACGACACCAUCGGUACAGAAUUAGUCAAAGUCAUCCUCCUCACUCUCCCAUAUGUUAUGGCUGCGUCCUCGACAGACCAGUGGCACCAGAAGGCGGCAGACAUCAUGGACAAGACCGAUAUUAUCGCGUCCGAACCUCACGCCCUUCAGGCUUUAAUCGAUUUCCACUACGCUGGGAGUGGCCAGGAGGAUGCUCCAGGCUCCGUCAGUGUCAUUGGCCUUCUCCAGCAGCUGCUGCAAGGCGAGGCAGCCAACGAGUGGAAGCUUGCAUGUCUCCCCGCCCGUGGACAUGACCUUCCGUCCAUUGCGAUUCCUUCGACCGUUGUCGCCGGCCCGCGGCCUCUCUUCCCAGAAGUUUACCUCUCCGUAUAUGGUGGCCAGGAGGUCGAAUCUGUCCCACCCACCACCAAUAUCGCGUCGCUACUCGUGCGAGACGGCCUCCUCGACACGAUAAACAUUUUACAUUUCAACCGCAAUGUGACGGCGCGGUAUCUAAUCGACCUCGACUGCUACUUUUCCGAAGGGACCUUUGUCAAGCGGGCAACUCCGUUUGAUAGACUAAAGGACAUUGAGCCGUCCAAGUCGACUUGGAAGCCCGAGGACGUGGCGGUGGAUGCUGUUUUCUCUCAGCUCUUCCUGCUUCCGGCCCCCGAGCACAAGCUCGUUUACUACCACUCAGUACUGACCGAGGCGUGCAAAAUCGCCCCGGCUGCCAUUGCGCCUAGUCUGGGAAGGGCGAUCCGCUACCUGUACCGAAAUACUGCUAACAUGGAUGCCGAGCUUGGCUACCGGUUUGUCGAUUGGUUCGCGCACCAUCUGAGCAACUUUGGUUUUACCUGGAAAUGGACCGAGUGGGAGGAAGAUGUUUCUCUUCCUAGUUUGGACCCUUGCAAAGCUUUUAUCGUGGGCGCCCUCGACAAGGAAAUCCGCCUUAGCUUUGCCCAGAGAAUCAAGGGCACGCUACCACCCGCUUAUCAGUCGCUCAUUGACGCAGAAAAGGAAAAGGACGUCCCCGAUUUCAAGUUUGAUGACCCAGACACGCCCUUCUCUGCCGAGGGCCAGGAACUCGCAACACUCCUUAAGCGAAAGGCGCCGGACGAGGACUUCCAGCCCGUUAUUGAGCGUAUUCAUACCGCGGCCCUCGACACCGGGCUUGACCCGCUCGUCGCCAGCACCGACGUCUUCAUGACUGCCGUGUGCUGGGUUGGCUCCAAGUCUUUAUCGCAUGUUCUUGCUUGCAUUGACCGUACGAAAGGUCGGUUGAUCGACGUUGGUGCCGCUUCGGAAGGUGCUCGUGCGCAAAUCAUCACCUCUGUCAUGGACUAUUGGCAAGCGCAUCCCGGGGUGGCCAUCUCCAUCAUUGAGAAACUUCUAAAUUACUCUAUUCUUACCCCGUUGUCUGUGAUCCAUUGGUCGCUCAUCGGAACAAGCCACGCCGGUGGUAAGCGCACGGGCGAUACACUCGCUCAGUGGCACAUCUUCGAGCUCGUUGUCAACACGGUUGCCAAGGUUACUGGCCGAGUGCGCCAAGUUGCGGAAGGCAGUCCCGGGGCGGAAACGCAGCCGGAGGAGGUCAAGGCUAUGCGCGACCUGUUCCAGGCCCUUGAGGAUUGCCUAGCCGAAUGGUCCACAGGUGCGAGCGGAGAGUCACUAGAUAGCGAGUCGCAGGGCUACGUGCGCGACUGGGCUGAGAGGUGGCUGAGGGUCUUUAGACGCAAACUAGCCAUUGAGGAAAACUUUCUGCAGGAGACUGCAAAGGGUCGCGUAGAGGCUGAAGACGCGGUUUAG